CACUCGAACAGCACACAGUUCGCCGCGCCGGAUCCACGCCACCGCCGACGCGAUGCCGAUCUGCCCGGCGCCGUCGGAGUCCUCGGGCUCCGGGAGCCGCGUGUGGAUCUUCCACGGGCUGGCGCUCGGCGCGGCGGCGGCCGCCACCGCGGCCGCCUACGUGUACCGCCGGCCCCGCGGGUUCCGCAGCCUGGCGGUGGGCAUCAUCCCCGCGCGCUACGCCUCCUCCCGCUUCGACGGCAAGCCGCUCGCCCUCAUCCUCGGCAAGCCCAUGAUACAGAGAACCUGGGAAAGAGUUAUGCUAGCUUCUUCAUUAAACCAUGUUGUUGUGGCAACGGAUGAUGAGAAAAUUGCUGAGUGCUGUAGAGGAUUUGGAGCUGAUGUUAUAAUGACAUCAGUAUCAUGCCAAAAUGGAUCUGAGCGCUGCUGUGAGGCACUUCAAAAGCUCAGGAAACAUUAUGACAUUGUUGUCAAUAUUCAAGGGGAUGAGCCUCUUAUUGAACCAGAUAUCAUAGACGGUGUGGUUAUGGCAUUGCAGCGAGCUCCUGAUGCAGUCUUCAGCACAGCUGCCACGGCACUAAAACCUGAAGAUGCAUUUGACACAAACCGAGUGAAGUGUGUAGUAGACAACCAGGGUUAUGCAAUAUACUUCUCAAGAGGGCUGAUCCCAUUUAACAAAUCAGGGAAAGUCAAUCCUCACUUUCCAUAUCUUCUUCAUCUUGGAAUUUCGGGCUUUGAUUCGAAGUUUCUGAAGAUCUAUCCACAGCUUGCACCAACCCCACUGCAACUAGAAGAGGACCUGGAGCAACUUAAAGUUCUUGAGAAUGGCUACAAGAUGAAGGUUAUCAAGGUGGACCAUGAUGCCCAUGGUGUGGAUGCGCCCGAAGACGUUGAGAAAAUAGAAGCAUUGAUGCGGGCAAGGAACAUCCAGUAGUAAACAGCACGGAAACGUUUGGUUUCGCAUCACGCAUGGUCUCCUGUUAGGUUGGGGUUAUGGUAUCCUCGAGUUUGUAAAAAGAAUCGGGAGCAAUGUUCAGGUGCAUUUCCUUUAUGAAAGAGAUUCUUAGUGUGUAACUGAAGGAACUGGGUGGGUGCACCGUCUUUGUGUGAAAUGCACCUGGUGUGUAGUUCUUGUAAGUAUGUAACAUUCCAAUCGGUUUCUAAGAUUGUACUGCUUCCUGAGUAAUGAAUGGAUGGUAGAGCAUUGCACACAUUA